CGCAUAAGUUUUGGCCGUAAUGCUGCUCGGUUCCUGAGGUCUUCUCAUUCAUGAAGCUGCCUGUCUGCUAAACAGAUAAGGAAAUUGGUUACUGAUUAGCUUACAUACACAACCAGCGACAGAAUCAAUAACUUCAGAUCGCAAUGGAUACUUCCGGGACCUCGCACAAGAAACAGAAACUGAGCAACACCGCUGAGAAUUGGGGGAUGCAGAGAGCCACCAACGUUACGUACCAGGCUCACCACGUUAGCAGGAACAAGCGUGGACAAGUGGUGGGCACCAGAUCAGGGUUCCGGGGAUGCACUGUCUGGCUGACGGGUCUGUCAGGGGCCGGGAAGACCACGGUGAGCAUGGCUAUGGAGGAGUACCUGGUGUGUCACGGCAUCCCUUGCUACACUCUAGACGGGGACAACAUCCGCCAGGGCCUGAACAAGAACCUGGGCUUCAGCCCCGAGGACCGUGAGGAGAACAUUCGGCGCAUCGCUGAAGUGGCCAGGCUCUUCGCUGACGCAGGGCUGGUGUGCAUCGCCAGCUUCAUCUCCCCCUACAGCAGGGAUCGUCUGAACGCCAGGAAGAUCCACGAGGCCGCGGGCCUGCCCUUCUUCGAGGUGUUUGUGGACGCACCGCUGGAUGUGUGUGAGCAGAGGGAUGUGAAAGGGCUCUACAAGCGAGCUAGAGCUGGAGAAAUCAGAGGUUUUACUGGCAUAGACUCUGAGUAUGAGAGACCAGAGGCCCCCGAGCUUGUACUGAAGACUGAUUCCUGCAGUGUGAAUGAGUGUAUACAGCAGCUGGUUGAUCUCCUGCAGGAAAGGGACAUUGUGCCCGUGGAUGCAUCCUACGAGGUGAAGGAGCUGUACGUGCCGGAGAACAAACUGGACCUGGCCAAGGCAGACGCAGAAACGCUGCCAGCCGUGGAGAUCAGCAAGGUUGACAUGCAGUGGGUUCAGGUUCUGGCAGAAGGCUGGGCGACUCCUCUAAACGGCUUCAUGAGGGAGAGGGAGUACCUGCAGUGCCUUCAUUUUGACUGCCUCCUGGAUGGUGGAGUGAUUAACCUGUCGGUGCCUGUGGUCCUGCCUGUCUCGACCGAGGACAAGGAGAGGCUUGAUGGAUGCACUGCCUUCGCUCUGGUCUACGGGGGGCGCCGAGUGGCCAUCCUCCGCAACCCUGAGUUCUACGAGCACCGCAAGGAGGAGCGCUGCGCCCGGCAGUGGGGCACCACCUGCAAGGACCACCCCUACAUCAAGAUGGUGAUGGAGAGCGGGGAUUGGCUGGUUGGGGGGGACCUCCAGGUUUUGGACCGGAUCUACUGGAAUGAUGGGCUGGACCAGUAUCGCCUGACUCCUACCGAGCUGAAGCAGAAGUUCAAAGAACUGAACGCAGACGCGGUGUUCGCCUUCCAGCUGCGGAACCCGGUGCACAACGGCCACGCCUUGCUGAUGCAGGACACGCACAGGCGGCUGAUCGAGCGCGGCUACCGCCGGCCCGUGCUGCUGCUGCACCCGCUGGGGGGGUGGACCAAGGACGACGACGUGCCGCUGGCCUGGCGCAUGAGGCAGCACGCCGCCGUGCUGGAGGAGGGUGUGCUCCGGCCCGACUCCACCAUCGUGGCCAUCUUCCCCUCCCCGAUGAUGUACGCAGGCCCCACUGAGGUCCAGUGGCACUGCAGGGCUCGGAUGGUGGCCGGGGCCAACUUCUACAUCGUGGGCCGUGACCCUGCGGGGAUGCCCCACCCGGACACAGGGAAGGACCUGUACGAGCCCACGCAUGGGGCCAAGGUGCUGACCAUGGCCCCCGGGCUCAUCACCCUGGAGAUUGUGCCUUUCAAGGUGGCUGCCUACAACAAGGUGAAGAAGUGCAUGGACUUCUACGACCCCAAAAACCACCAGGACUACGACUUCAUCUCAGGAACGCGCAUGCGCAAAAUGGCCAGAGAGGGCCAGAACCCUCCGGAAGGCUUCAUGGCCCCCAAGGCCUGGACCGUGCUGAAGGAGUACUACAAGUCUUUGGAGAAAGCUUAAGCUGUAUUAAGUGCAGAGCAGAUCUUGUAGCGGUUAGGGUUUAAAAGUGGGACCACCCAACAACUGCGUUCCUCCACCCUUUCUGUGGUUCCUACGAGGAAGUCACUCCCAAACACAAAGACACUCUUAAAGCUGCCCGUCACUGUUUUUAGUCUUAACACACUGAAAAGUACUGUUGUGUGGAUGUUGUUUAAUACAAUGCACCAAAUCAUUUGUUCCAUUUUACAUAAAUACAAAUCGGUAAAUGUAUUUGAAAGAUCAAAUGGUUUUAGCUUGGGUUGUUGAUCUCAAAAGAUAUUUCUAUGGAAAGGGACAACGGUUCAUUGUGCAAUUUUCAUGGCUUUUAAAAACAUUUUUGGAGGGACAGGUUUCCUUUUACAAAUACCUGAAAUGCUAAAUGUCUAUGCGCUGUGUCUAACUGAAAAUAUUUAUGCGUAAUAGCCAUCAUGUUCUAAUUUAUCAAUUAUGUUUUCCCCCCAUGGAUAAAAGAGCAUGUUAACAGGAUUAUAGAUUGCACUGUAUUACUACCAGUUUUCUUUUUUAUACUGCAGAAAAACUUCAUUUCCUUGUAACUUCAGAUUUUUUCAUCGCAGAGCGAUGUGUAAAAAGGUGUCCGAGGUGGUUGAGGUGAGUUAAUUGUGGUGGUCUUUGCCAAACCUCAGUUAGACUGUGUAACUGAUGGAUAAUUAGUGUCUUACUGUGUUAAUAUUUCAUUUACACGGACAUUGGCCCCCUAUUCAGUGAUGCAAUAAUAACCGCAAUGGCCAGUCUAAUUGGCAGUCUUACCUGAAGUGUGCUACCACUGAUGCCUGGGGCAGUGGUUGCUGACCUUCACAACCUCCUGUUGUUUUGUACUGUAACCUGGACAUUAAAGUCUUUGCCAUUGGCCUUUCAGAAACAUGGCAAUAACAAGCCUUGCUUGUAGGAAGGUAUGAUUGUCCUUAAGGAAGCUUUACUUUGACGACAGAGCUAGAUAUAGGAUCAAAACAUAUGAUUUGUAAAGCUCAUUACUUAUGGAAAAAGACAUAACUAAAACAUAUGGGCAUUUCUUAUACAUAAUACAUAAUUCUAAUUAUGGAAAGUUCAGGCCACUGCUAUUAAAGACUCAGUUUAAUAUGUUCUUCUGCUUCUCAGUCUUCAGGCAUUUAAACUUUAAUCCAAUUGAAAUAACAAUUGCUAAGACCAGUGUUGGCUUGGUCAGAUGAUUUUCAGGAUCUCAAAGAUCAUGUAGACGCCAAAGCUAAUUGCAGUGCUUUGACAAAAUUUGUUUAAAUGUCUUUGGCAAAAACUAAAUUAAUUUUGUUUUUGAGCUUUUACUGAACAACGAAAAAUGAUUGUAUUUGAUCUUUAGCCAUUAAUUGCUCAUGCCACAUACCAUGACUACAGAAGAUUUUUUUGACUGAAGCAGCUGCAGGUUUCUUUGAAAAGAAAGUUCUGUAUCAUACUCAUUCAGAGAGCAGGGAAAUACCUCUGCAGCAAUAACAUGCGACCCACACAGAUCAAAAUUUUUUGAUGGGGAUAUGCAAAACCUUAUUAGGCUCAAAUUAAAUUAAACCCAUAGAUGAAAACAAUGUCACUGGUAAACCUGGGAUUCCAUACUGAUUUGAAACAAUGUUUCUUUGUCUCUUGUAUCUAGCAUGCAGUGGCCCUUAAGGCAUGCAGGAAUAUUGACAUGUCAGGACUGUUAGUGUCAGUGAUUGUUACAUUUUUUUUUUUAGCGUGGUGUUGCUUGAUUUCUUUAUUUCUUAGCUCUGGAUUUUAUUUGAUUGUUUGGAUAUUCUGUUACUGUUGUUUGCCAGUGAGUCGUUUUUGUCGAUGUGACGGUUAAUGGUCAGAUUUGGGCAGCAAUGUUGUACCUGUAACUCUCUAUUAAAUCAUU